GGAAAAGUGUAGAUAAAAAAGCAUAAAUGUAAAGAACAAGUAAAAUAUAAAAUAAAAAUCUGAGCUUAUAGUAUAGGUCGUCAUGUGUGUUGUUGAUGUAUAAAGAGCUGUAAAGGGACGUCUUCUCUCGUAAAACAAUAAUCAUCCAAACAACCUUCUUCUUCUCUCUCUCUCUCUCUGUCAAAGCUUUCGUCAUCACAGAGUACAGAGAACUGACACUAUUCUUUGACUUCAGACACUCACUUCCCUUCCCUAACUAAAACAGUUUCCCACACUUCAAGAAUCACACUUUCACCACUCCUCCUCCGGCGAUAACCAUGAUCACCUGGCACGACCUCUACACUGUCCUCACGGCGGUGAUCCCACUCUACGUCGCCAUGAUCCUCGCAUACGGCUCCGUCCGGUGGUGGAAAAUCUUCUCGCCGGACCAAUGCUCCGGAAUAAACCGCUUCGUCGCGAUAUUCGCCGUCCCUCUCCUCUCCUUCCACUUCAUCUCCACCAACAACCCUUACGCCAUGAACCUCCGCUUCAUCGCCGCCGACACGCUCCAGAAGCUGAUCAUGCUCUCCCUCCUCACCCUCUGGGCCAACUUCACUCGCGCGGGCAGCCUCGAGUGGAGCAUCACCAUCUUCUCCCUCUCCACGCUCCCCAACACGCUCGUCAUGGGCAUCCCUCUGCUGAUCGCCAUGUACGGCGAGUACUCCGGCUCCCUCAUGGUGCAAGUCGUCGUUCUCCAGUGUAUAAUCUGGUACACGCUCCUCCUCUUCUUGUUCGAGUACAGAGGGGCCAAGAUUCUGAUCAUGGAGCAGUUCCCGGAGACGGCCGCUUCGAUAGUUUCUUUCAAAGUCGAGUCCGACGUCGUUUCGUUGGACGGGCAUGAUUUUCUUGAGACUGACGCUGAGGUUGGAGACGACGGGAAGUUACACGUCACGGUGAGGAAGUCGAACGCUUCCCGGAGAUCUUUUUGCGGUCCGAAUAUGACUCCGCGUCCGUCGAAUCUCACCGGAGCUGAGAUUUAUAGUCUCAGCACGACGCCGAGAGGUUCUAAUUUUAACCACUCGGAUUUUUACUCGGUGAUGGGAUUUUCCGGUGGCCGGCUCUCGAACUUCGGUCCGGCGGAUAUGUAUUCUGUUCAGUCGUCGAGGGGGCCCACUCCGAGACCUUCGAAUUUCGAUGAGAGUUGUGGGAUGGUUUCUUCUCCUAGAUUCGGGUAUUACCCGGGUCCAACCGGGUCGUACCCGGCUCCGAACCCGGAAUUCUCCGCCGCUAGUAAAAGCCAUCAUACCGGAGGGAAGUCGAAUAGUCAUGAUGCUAAGGAGCUUCAUAUGUUUGUGUGGGGAUCCAACGGGUCACCCGUUUCGGAUAGACCGGGUCUUCCACUAUCCGGAGGAUCUAAUGAACAAGCGGGAAUAUCUGAUCAAGGAGCGAAAGAGAUCCGGAUGUUAGUCUCUGAUCCUCCAGAAGCUGCUCCGACUAAUGGAGACUUUGGCGGCGAGGAAGAGUCAGGGAAGGUGAAGGAAGUGCCAAACGGGCUGCACAAGCUUCGGUGUAACUCCACGGCGGAGCUUAACCCUAAAGAAGCGGUGGAAACGGGUGAAACCGGACAGGGAAAACAUAUGCCGCCGACGAGUGUGAUGACUCGGCUGAUACUGAUUAUGGUGUGGAGGAAACUGAUCAGGAACCCAAACACUUACUCUAGUCUCAUUGGUCUAAUUUGGGCUCUUGUGGCCUUCAGGUGGAAUGUGGCAAUGCCUAAAAUCAUUCAAGGAUCAAUCUCAAUUCUCUCUGAUGCUGGUCUCGGUAUGGCAAUGUUCAGUUUAGGGUUGUUCAUGGCGUUGCAACCUAAGUUAAUAGCUUGCGGAAAUUCUACAGCAACUUUUGCAAUGGCGGUGAGGUUCUUGACUGGACCAGCAGUAAUGGCCGUUGCAGCCAUGGCUAUUGGAUUACGGGGAGAUCUAUUACGCGUGGCCAUAGUUCAAGCUGCAUUGCCACAAGGAAUCGUGCCAUUUGUGUUUGCAAAAGAAUACAAUGUUCAUCCGGCAAUCUUAAGUACAGGGGUAAUAUUUGGAAUGCUUAUCGCACUACCGAUCACACUUGUUUACUACAUUCUACUCGGGCUAUAAGCUCGGUAAUGGUAAAGUUUUGAUUCAGUCAAAACAAGAUCGCUCCAAAUUUAGUGGAACAAAACUAGAGAAUGUCCAAGAGGUUUAGUAAAGUUAGUGACCAAGAUGUGAUUUGAGGAUCCAAAGCCCCUUUCUUGUCAAAACUUUCCUAUGGAUUAUUUGAGAAGAGACAAGCAACGGGAAACAAGGGCAACGAGACAAAAGCAACCAACAAAAGAAAAAAUAUAUAUAAAAGAGCCUGAUGACAUAUUUGAUUUUUGAAUUCUCCUUUUACUGCCUGUGUCUUUUGAAGUAGGUAGGCAUUGCGCUAGGAUUAAAACGUUUCAGGUCUUUGUUACUGUACGCUGUGUUUUGUGGAAAGUGUGCUUUUGUAUGUUAUCACUUUUUUACUAUGA